UUCGAAUUAACAUGCGAAUGCACUCGGAUUUGCAUGAUUUUAAUAAUCGCUGGAUUACGAGCGCGUACCGGCGGAGAAGCGAUAAAAGUGCGAAGGAUUGACCCUCAAUUUGAGUGUGAGCGUCUCCGUCGAAGCGGGUCAGGCCCGGUGAAAUUUGUGAAAUAUUCAGGACCGCAGUUCAGCCCCAGCCAGCGCCCCGGCCGCAGCGUCGCGGGAGCCGCCAUGUGCAUCCAACCAUCGGGCUUCACAUAAAACUUAGCACAAGAGCAAGUUCGCAAUAAAACCGUAGUUGAAGCUGAAAAUUGUCUGCCAGGUCAUGCCCCUGAAACUCGCGCUCCGGAGCCCCUGGCCGGCAGUUCUGCUCAGACCAGUGUAACAGGCGGUUGUGUCCACAAUAUUUUAGAGAAAAACCGAACGUUCGCUCAAUCGGUAUUCGGAAUUUAAAAUUUUAGUCCAACGGCUAUAGUAUUUUUUAGUGUAGUUUUUAAGGAGUGUAUUCGUAAUUUCGUAGUUACUUCAUAGUGUGUGUGGAUGUGUGUCAGUGGGUUGACUGUGUGUACUACUAAGAGCUAACUUCUGGGAGCAAACAGAAAUUGAAUGAGCCAUGGAGAAUAGGCGGGUGAUGACAUCGAAUACGCUGAAAGUGGACAACUCGUCCCACUGCACGACCCCCUCGGACCGAGCUGACCACCAGGUGGUGUCCGUCAAGGUGGGCUGCUUCCACAUCAACCCCGCCAACGCGCGCGGACGACGGCUCUACAUGCUGCAGAUGCUGGUGCUGGCCUUCGUCCCGCACGCGGCGCUCAUCAUGCAGAACUGCACCAUCAUGGCGCAGCUGUCCAACACACUCGCCUGGUCACUGUACCUAGACAGUGAGGUGAGUUCAGGCCUGUACGCGGGUGACACGGUGGUGAGCCUGCAGGAGGAGCGGCUUAUGCUAAGCAAGCACCUUUUCACCACCUCGCUGCAGCCAGCCAUGUCCAGGAGAAAUAACACGUCACACCUGCACCUGGCGUUCCUGUGGAGCGACCGCAACAUGUCGCUGCUGCCGCCCCCCGCGGUGCCGCCGCACCCCCGCCAAGCCCUCUACCAUUUUAGGGAAGAUGUUAUUAAUAUAAUAGACUUGAAUCAAACGGAGUCGCUGAGCCGGAUGUCCGUGUACGGUGAAAUUAAUUCAAUACUCCUCCUGUAUAUAGCCACGCAAUGGCAGAGUAGUAGCUCCACGUUAUGCAGGCAAUUAGCGGCCUCCCAUGAACUGGUUAAAACAAUGGAGGGGUUCUCCAAAGCGCUUGCGUCGACCUUCUACCCGCUCACCCCAUCGGAAGGGUUGAGGGAAUACCAGAAGUACCAGAUAGUUGGCAACGAACAUUUACACUCGACGCUUCAGUAUCUGGAAACGGAAAAUAUGGCAGACGAGAAAGUUCUACUGAAAGAGGUUGUUGUUUUCUACGAGGCAUCCAAUCUGGAAUUGAAUGGGAAUAAUCGACUUGAAUAUUUAAUGGAAUCGGAGAAGUGUUUGCUCAAAUUGAAACAAGUGAAGUACCGGUUGUGGAAUAUCGUUAAAGCGUCAGUGAAGCAAGAGGUGUGGGUGUCGCGGCGCACGCUGGCGGUGGGCAUCCUCAUCCUCACCAUGGUGCUGGUGGCGUCGCCCGUGCUCAUCCUGCUGCUGCGGCACACCGUCACCACGAUACAGUCGUUCACCAAGUCCAUCGAGCUGAGCACGCAACGCCUGGAGGCGGAGAAGCAGAAGAGCGACCUGCUCCUCUCCCGCAUGCUCCCGCUCCCCGUGCUACGAAGACUGCGGGCUCAGAAGACCGUGCCAGCGGAGUCCUUCGAUGCGGUCACGAUCUUCUUCAGCGACAUAGUCGGUUUUACGACUAUUUCUGCCAAUAGCACUCCCAUGGAGGUUAUUAAUAUGCUCAAUAUGUUGUACAGAUUAUUUGACGAGAAGAUAGCUCAAUACAACGUGUACAAAGUAGAAACAAUUGGAGACGCGUACAUGGUCGUGUCGGGCCUGCCCAAGAGAAACGGCAACCGGCACGCAUCAGAGAUAGCGGACAUGUCGCUGUGCCUGCUCCACAGCCUCGAAGGGGCUCGGGUGCCGCACCUGCCCCUGGAACCGCUGCGUAUCCGCGCCGGGAUCAACACGGGCGGCUGCGUGGCCGGGGUCGUGGGGGCUACUAUGCCCCGGUACUGCCUGUUUGGGGACACGAUUAAUACGGCUAGCAGGAUGGAGAGCACGGGGGAACCCAUGAAAAUCCAUAUAUCAGACACGACGAAGAAAGCGCUGGAUGAAAUAGGUGGUUAUGAGGUUGAGUCACGUGGAAUUAUAGACAUUGCGGGUAAAGGGGCAAUGGAGACAUUCUGGCUGACGGGCAAGAUCGGCGGUAACGUGGAGCCCGACAGCCCGCGCUGCCUCCGCCUGAACGACUACGAUCAGAAUAUACUGGAAUUGUUAAUACGAUCUUAAAAUAAUUCAGUUUAGAACUUAAGUUUUGGCAUAGGUCUAUUUUUUUUCAAUACAGUUUUGCUUAGGAAGGGUAAGCGUUUCCUAUAACUAGUUUAUAUAUGAAAUAGUCAAACUACACUGAAAUAAACUAGAUUUGUACAUUUUACUAUAGACGAUACGUAUAACGUAUCGUAAAGCCUAGUCAUAGGCCUUCGGGCAGCUUGAAAACAUCUGAAAGUCGGGUUGGCCACUUACCCGACAACUCUUUCAGAACAAGCUUGCUUUUGUUGGGGUCCACCAACCCGCACUAUAUAGGCCAGCGUGAUGGACUAGGCCUAAAACCUUUCCUUCAUUGGAAGGAGACCCGUGCCCCAGCAGUGGGGACGUGAUGAUAACGUAUAGCACUCCAGUGUACACUCUGCCACGCAAAUAUCUGACCCCCACGCAGUUCAUUUAGAUUUACUUAGAAGGGCCUCCUACCACUGUUAACACGAUUCUUAGCAUCAAAUAGAGAAAUGAAGAAAGAAGAUUAAUACAAAUGGAUAAAAUAAAUAGAUUUAUAGAAAGUUAAUGGUAAAGAACUUAUUUGGGACCUUAGGUAGAUGAAAAGAUAUCGCUCAACUCUUUUCUAGUUUUUAAUUACUUAGUUACUAUUUAUUAUUAGAGUUGGUAGAAAGUAUAUUUAGUACCUACUUAGUCGUAGUAAGAAUCAAAGCAAAAAUUGUAUACCAGGUACUUACCUCAAUUUGUUAAUUUUUGUGUGUAAAUUAAUGUUUGAUCUAAUUUCUCAUAGGUAAUUAAUAAAUAAAUGAUAGGUAAUAUGUAAAUAGAUUAGGUACUUUAUUCUCAGCAAAAACCUUGGUUUCGCUUGCAUGAUUUGAUUAUGCCCUAAACAUAUACUUACUUAUUUUUUUGUAAUCGUAGAGUGGCCUCCACAGAAACCUGAUCCCUCUUAGAUUGACAUAGGUAUAUGACAUUGCUACUGAGAAGGGGUCAGGUUUCUUUGGAGUCCACUGUACAUAAAUAGACAUAGCACAGCAAGAAGUAUCCACAAAAUUUUGAAUGAACGAAUUUUGAAAAGGGAUCAAACGUCCAUCGUUAUUACUUGUAUGUAUUUUAAGCUGACUUAGGCACAUAUUCAUAGGAUGAUGUAUAAGUGGUGUAAAUAGGUGCAGUGCAUCAAUAACAAAAGAUUCACUUAGGGCGCGGUGCCAUUGGUGCGUUAUGUUGUCGCAGCGUCGCGUCGGUCGUCCCUGCCACAAUAUAUUUCUUUAUCACCGUUCCUUUAAGAUUAUGCGACACAACUUUACGCAACGCGCCAAUGGGGCUUCACCCUCGCUUUUUUAAAAUAAGUAGAACCAAACCCUUAAACUUAAUAGGUAAAUGAGGAUUUUAUCAUAAAAUAAGAUUCGCUCAAUUUAGAUAUAUGUACUUAUAGUCCUGUUACUCCCCUGUGGAGCUUAGGGCUACAGACAUUCUUCGCCACGCUUCCCUAUCUUGAGCCGCCUCCUCCACUUGGGCCCACGAUAGACCUGCUCACUUCUUUCACUACUUAUUUGUGUUAUUUUCGUUAUGCUCAACAUUAUAUAAAUUCUGCGAUACAGGUCCUAGUGCGGAAUUUGCAGAUAAAACCACUGUAAACAUGUUCUAUGGAAAUAAAUGCUUUUUACUUCUUUUUUUUUACUUCAUUUCCACCUCCACU